AUGUUCCCAAAUAUAGAUGGUCAAUAUAAGGGAAUUUGUUUAUUACUUUUGCAUUUUGGAUGGACAUGGAUUGGGAUCUUGUCAGCAACAGAUGACAAUGGUGAGAAGUUUAUACAAAAUAUGGUUUCCAUGUUUGCCCAGAGAGGGAUCUGUUCAGCUUUCAUUGAAAUAUUUCCUGUCAUUGAUUAUUCAAAUAGCUUUGCUGAGCAGGUGGAAGUGGGACUUCAAAUGUACAUGGUGGUUAUGAAAAGCACAGUUAAUGUAGUAUUAGUUCAUGGUGAAAUUUAUGGAAUUAUAGUUCUGAGACUUCUUUCCACUAAUUUGAAAACUGAAGAUGCAUCAUUAUGGAGAAAGAGUAAAAUCUGGGUGAUGACCGCUGAGAUGGAUUUCAUCUCACUUCCCCUUCUAAGGAAUGGUGACCUAGUCUUCCUCCAUGGUGCUCUGUUUUUUGCAAUUCACACAGAGAAGGUGUCAGGAUUCCAGAAAUUUGUUCAGAUGAAGGACCCUAUCUUGGAAAAAGAAGAUACUUUUAUCAGGCUCUUCUGGGAAAGUGCCUUUGAAUGUUCCUUCUCCAUCUCUGUUAUGAAUGAAGACAAAAAUGUAAUUCCCUGCACCGGAAAGGAGAAACUGUUAGCUCUUCCUACAUCUGUGUUUGAAAUGGACAUGACUAGCCAUAGCUACAGCAUCUACAAUGCCAUCCAUGUAGUGGCAUAUGCUUUGCAUGACUUCCAUACGUCAAUGCUGGAAGACAGAGCUAGAGGGCACGAGGCCAAAUUGGAACUUCUGGAUCAAAAGUUGUGGAAGCUAAACCAAUUUAUGAGAGGUGUCUCAUUCAACAAUAGUGCUGGACAAAAAGUUUCUUUCAACCAAAAUGGAGAAUUGGAGACUGGAUUUGAUAUUAUGAAUUGGAUCACAUUCCCCAAUCUAUCAUUUCUGAGAGUCAGAGUUGGAGAGAUGAAGCUCAUGGAUUCCCAGGAAGCAUUGUUCAACAUUGAUGACGAUGAUAUUGUAUGGCCAAAGAGAUUUAAUCAGGUCCAACCUCUAUCUUUGUGUAAUAGUAGGUGCCAUUCAGGUUAUACUAGGAGCAAGAUAGAAGACAAACCAUUUUGCUGCUAUAAUUGUCUACAAUGUCCACAUGGGAAGAUUUCCAACCAAGAUGACAUAGAUGAUUGCUUUCAGUGUCCAGAAGAUCAAUAUGCAAAUGUGAACCAGGAUUUGUGUCUUCCAAAGAUUGCAACAUUUUUGAUGUAUGAAGAAACUUUGGGGAUUAUUUUGGCCAGUUCUGCUCUUUUGUUUUCUUUGGUUACAGUAGGAGUCCUUUGGAUCUUUAUUAAGCAUCAGGACACUCCCAUUGUCAAAGCCAACAACCGGAAUCUCACCUAUGCUCUCCUUAUUGCUCUCCUCUUGUCUUUUCUUUCUUGUUUAUUAUUCCUUGGAAAACCUGGCAAGAUGACAUGUCUCCUUCGUCAAACUGCCUUUGGUAUUAUCUUCUCUGUGGCCAUUUCCUGUGUGUUGGCCAAAACCAUCAAUGUAGUUCUGGCUUUCAUGGCUACUAAGCCUGGGUCUAGGAUAAUCAAAUGGGUGGGGAGAAGAUUGGCCAUGUCCAUCGUGUUGGGCUGUAGCUUAAUUCAAGCAACUAUUUGCACUAUAUGGCUGAUGACAUCUCCCCCAUUUCCAGAUGUUGAUACAAAUUCAGGGGUACAAGAAAUCUUUCUGGAGUGUAAUGAAGGAUCAGUCUUCAUGUUCUACUGUGUCUUGGGCUAUAUGGGCUUCCUCGCCAUUAUCAGCUUCACGGUGGCUUUUCUAGCAAGAAAAUUGCCUGAUGUAUUCAAUGAAGCCAAGUUUAUCACCUUCAGCAUGUUGCUCUUCUGCAGUGUCUGGUUGUCCUUUGUUCCAACAUACCUGAGCACCAAAGGAAAAUAUAUGGUUGCUGUGGAGAUCUUCUCGAUUAUUGCUUCUAAUGUUGGAUUACUGAUUUGUAUUUUUUCCCCUAAAUGCUAUAUCAUUGUUCUGAGGCCUUCUCUAAACAGCAAAAAACAGCUAAGAAGACAAACCCAGAGCAAAACAUAA